GAAAUAUCUUCUAGAAUAUAGAUAUGCUCAUGUCAUGUACAUGCGUAGGCUGGAGCAGGCACAUCUACUGCAACAGGAGUCCUUCACACCGGAAGUUAUAGAAUGUUUCACAGCCAAUGGUGCAGAUUAUAGGGGAACGCAGAACUGGACGGCACUACAAGGCGGGAAGCCAUGUCUCUUCUGGAACGAGACUUUCCAGCAUCCAUACAAUACUCUGAAAUACCCCAACGGGGAGGGGGGCCUUGGCGAGCAUAACUAUUGCAGAAAUCCAGAUGGAGAUGUGAGCCCCUGGUGCUACGUGGCAGAGCAUGAGGACGGUGUCUACUGGAAGUACUGCGAGAUACCUGCUUGCCAGAUGCCUGGAAACCUUGGCUGCUACAAGGAUCAUGGAAACCCACCUCCUCUAACUGGUGCCAGUAAAACAUCUAACAAACUCACCAUACAAACCUGCAUCAGUUUUUGUCGGAGUCAGAGGUUCAAGUUCGCUGGGAUGGAGUCAGGCUAUGCUUGCUUCUGUGGAAACAAUCCUGAUUACUGGAAGUAUGGGGAGGCAGCCAGUACUGAGUGCAACAGCGUCUGCUUCGGGGAUCACACCCAGCCCUGUGGUGGGGAUGGCCGGAUCAUCCUCUUUGACACUCUCGUUGGCGCCUGCGGUGGAAAUUACUCGGCCAUGACAUCUGUUGUCUAUUCCCCUGACUUUCCUGACACCUACGCCACAGGGAGGGUCUGCUAUUGGACCAUUAGGGUGCCAGGAGCCUCCCACAUCCACUUCAACUUCAUCUUAUUUGACAUCAGGGAUUCUGCAGACAUGGUGGAGCUACUGGAUGGCUACACCCACCGAGUCCUGGUCCGUUUCAAUGGAAGGAACCGCCCACCUCUGUCCUUUAAUGUCUCUCUGGAUUUUGUCAUUCUGUAUUUCUUCUCUGAUCGCAUCAAUCAGGCCCAAGGAUUUGCUGUCUUGUACCAAGCCAUCAAGGAAGAACCGCCACAAGAGAGGCCCACUGCCAACCAGACACUAGCCGAAGUGAUCACGGAGCAGGCAAACCUCAGCAUCAGUGCUGCCCGGUCCUCCAAAGUCCUUUACGUCAUCACCACCAGCCCCAGCCACCCACCACAGACUGUCCCAGGUAGAUGGACCGUGUAUGGCCUGGCAACUCUCCUCAUCCUCACAGUCACAGCCAUUGUAGCAAAGAUACUUCUUCACGUCACAUUCAAAUCACACCGUGUUCCUGCUUCAGGAGACCUUAGGGAUUGUCAUCAACCAGGGACGUCAGGGGAAAUCUGGAGCAUUUUUUAUAAGCCUUCUACUUCGAUUUCCAUCUUUAAGAAGAAGCUCAAGGGUCAGAGUCAACAAGAUGACCGUAACCCUCUUGUGAGUGACUAAAAGCUCCCCCCACGCCCAGGACAGGAGGUUCCUCUGAGCUCAAGGCCACAGGGACCACCCCUCCCAUGGUGUCUCCUGAAGAACUCUUCCCUGCCCCUCCCUUGGCCUCUUCUGAGGCACCUGCCAGUGGACUGGGAAGGGGCGCCCUGCUUCAGGGUAGGCGUAGCCCGGAUCCAUCCUGCUUCUUCAGCUGCACUUGGAGAGACUCAGGGUCCCAGGUCCGGACCCUCCUGUGCGUGUGUCUCUCUCUCUGAUCCAGGAGUGGGCGUGUCAGGGCAUGGGGGCUGAGAUUACAAAGAUGCCGUGUCUGGCACUGGUCUCGGGUACAUUCUAGGUGACUGUCGGGUGGUGGGUAAGUGUAGUGUGUGUUGAGUCAUACUCGCUUCUUCUCUGUUCUCUCCACACACAGAUCAUUUUCUCCCAGUCUUUAUGGUUUGGAAAAGGGCCAGAUGGAGAAUUCUGAGGUUCUCUUGAGGGUUGGCCUGGUCCUCUACUCCUGGGUGUUAGCAUCCCCAAAACCCUCAAGGGAGCCUGUGCUCUGUGCUGACUGCGGCUUUGCUCUCCAGGUGCUAGAUGAGAAGAGGCCUCCUCCAACCUUGGACAGCCUGUGAAUUAGGUCUGCUGACCCCCACUCAUGUCAAACCUGAAAUCUUCCACAUUUGGGCUUCUUUCCAUAGCUUGGUGACCAGCACAGCCAGCUUGUGGAGUGGUCCUAUAAAACAUCCACUGAUUUAGUCACACAGCAGACUUUGCUAGAAGCUUUUAUAGGUGCUCAGUAAUUCCUUGUUGGAUUGGAUUUGUCUGGCCUUGCCCCCAAACAGCGUGGGGUCCUGUGGCACCUGAACCUGGCCUUCAUCUCUCCAUGAUUCUCUAAGCUGACUCUCAGUUCAGAACAGGGAGUAUAAAUAUCAUGGUGUGGCAUUUAGGCAGCAUAAUGUGAGUCAGGGUGCCAGCAGCCCCUCCUUUAGCUGUCCCUCUUUGUAAAAGAUGAAAGUCACCCCUCAGCCUGCCCCUUCUUAUGGGAACAGAGUGGGGUUUGGAAUGACUUGGUGGGGAAGGAGUGGGCUGUUACCCCUAGUCCUACACUACCCUGUCCUUCAGGUGGGGAGGUGAAUCACAGAGAUGACAUGAGGAGUGAGAGGGAGGGUUUGGUAACUGGAGACCCCCUGAAGAUAGGCCUCUGAAAAUUGAGAGCUGCAAAUGCAGUGGCCACUGCUUGUGAGAGUCAGUGCCAUCUCCAAUUUAGAAGUGCCCACCACCCAAAAGCAGGCUUUGUCAACGGCAGCUGAGAAGAGCAGCCUGUGCCUCUGAAGGCUGGGCCUGAUCCUUGGUCAGAACAUGACUCUCCCUAAGGCGCUCAAGCCUUGGGUCUUGCUGUGCCUCUGGCCUCACAGGUUCCCUCUUGGAGCACUCUGCCUACAUUCCCCAAGUCCCCAAGUGCCUGCCCCAGCACUUCCUGGGGUUCUGCCAUUAACUGGCUGCUGCCAGAAAAACAGAGGGCCGAAUGGGGACAGCUGGGAGGUGUCUGCAGGGAAAGGUGACACUUGGCAACCAGGAGAGAUGCUAAGAGCUGGCAAGCAGAGGGGCCUUCAGAAGAGGGAAAUGGGGCAGUGUGUCCACAGAAGGGUAGGGGCACUGCCCCCGGCACCAUGUGGCGCCCACGAUGAGCAUGGAUCUGCUUGGUGCUGUCUUCACACUUUGAUCUGGAAAGGGCGAUUACUUGGGAGCAGCUGUCUGCAGGCCCCUGGGUCUGGAGACAGAGGUCUGUCCCAUACAAGGACCACUGGAUAUACACUGACAUGUGCUGUCUCCCUUCAAAGCUAUUCCUGGCUUUUGAGGAAUCUCCUCUCAAACACAAAGUGUCAGGUGUGGAGUCACAAAGGGCACUGAGCUGUGAAUAGACCCACUCGUGGCACCAAGGGAAUGUGGAAUUUCGCAAAGGGUUCACCCAGCCGAGAGCCAAUUGUUCAGCUGCCCAAGGCUUAUUGUGAUCACUGGCCUUUGGGGCCACCUGCCUGCCCUGCUCACCUCACACUGGUCACAGGGGCCAAGCCCCAAGUUAGUGUGUUGUCUGAGCCUGCAGCAGGAUCAGCCCUUCCUCAGAGAUCCUGGAAGUGCUGGUGACACCCCAGUGCUCUCCUUCUGGCUGGUCCUGGAACAACCCAGUGCCACCAGGAUCGACUUACUGUCCAGGGAGGGACCACGGGAAGCCCAAACCAGCUUCAGCAGCAUGGGGGGAGAGAGCUGUAAAUUGUCUCAGGCCAAACCUCCACACACUCCUUGGCCACAGCCUGUGCAUGGUCUUGGUUGGAACCUAUCAACAACACCCCACAGAGGGUCCCCUGUGGCUAAGUAAACACCUGAGAAAUAAAUUGUCCCAGAAGAGGUGAGGUGUGCUUCAGGAGCAUUGAAGGAGGAAGCGCUUGAUCUUUUAAGACACUACUUUAGAAGAGAGAAAGUGGGGUUGGAAGUGAUUAGAAAGGGUGACCCUGAGAAAAGUCCAUUAUAGGUCACAUAGCAGAAGAUUAUGAAAGGAAGGGGGGGGGGCUCUGGGGACCACCCUGGACAGCAGGCUCCCUGUCCACAGCCUCUGCCCUGAGGUAGGUGAGUGGAGGAUGCUGUAGGUGGGCGCCUCAGGACCUGUGUGCCCUCUUCAUCCCGUUCCCUGCUGUCACCCAGGGCCGGCCCUCUCAGCGUGUAUCCCAACAUGAGGGAAGGCCCCUGGCGGCUGCUCUUGUUUCCUCCCGUGGCAAAUGCGCCUUUUCUCAGCCAUAUUUCACAGUGUCCUUGGCCCCUCUAGAAGGCACUCGGUGCUCUGUGUUCUUCCCCACGUGUCACUGCUUACAGAGCAGAGGAGUAGGAGGGAACCCCGGGUUCCUUCCCCCACAUCCCCCAUGUCAGAACUGGGUGAGGCCUCUCUGGGUGUAAGUGAGGUAACUGGGUUGCUGUAAUUUCUGGAGUGUGGGCUCUGGCUCAAGACUCCAAUCAGCCAGAAACCCACAGAGAUCAAAGCACUAAUGAAUACAGCUAUCCUGGACCUCAGGCCAAACCUGUGGGGAAGGCCUCACCCACACGCCCAUUGUCAGCCCAAGGCAGGAGUUGGCCUGACCCAGCUAAGGAUCUGGCCAGGCUGUCCCAACACAACAGGGCAUGCAGGUGUCGCCAAGCCUCCGUGUGUCCUGGCACUUAAUCCUCACGAGCACUUAGUGGCCAGCCUCCGAGAUCCCGUCUCCCCUGCCUGACGAGGCCACCCCAUGUCCCCCACAGAGCGAGCCCAGCUCCCUACUCCAUAGCCCAGUCAGCUGGCACCCUCUUGGGUUUCGAAUCUCCUAUUUGGUGUUUGAUAUCUGCUUUUGUUACUACCUUGGGAAUUUUUAACCUUUAUCGUUUCCUCUGGUGUCUUUGUUUACCUUCCUUACCCUUCUACCUCCUGGCCAGGUCUCUCAGCUUAGCUGCCCUGGCGUGGGGUGUUUCUCAAACCUUCCAGCCGCAGCUGCCUCCCCUCAGGCUGGCCGGCUCAGGGGUGACAGGGCCUCACCCUCUGCCUGCAGACACCAGGGGGGUGCCCAUUGCACAGGCUCCUCUGUCUUGCCGAGUCCAACAUACUCAACGAGACAGAAGUGGGGUAUGGAGGGAAGUCCUAGGCAAAUCUACUGCUUCAGAAAGGAUGUGUCUUCAGGAGCACGUGGUGAGGAGCUGCUGCCGCAGGGUUCACGCAGCAUCCAGACCUGCCCACGUCCAGACUCACCUUCCCAUGGGGAACUUGACUCUGGAUGACAAGGCUUUAUUUGUAAAUAUGCUCUUAAUAUGCAACUUUGAGAAUAAAAUAGAAACAUCAUGUAUUUUAAAAUAUAAAAUGAAGUGUGACGCACUGUAUACAAUUUAAUAUAUAUUUUUAGGAUUUUGUUAUUUAAGAAAAUGGAAUGUAAUGGUACUUAACUUUUACAAAAGAGAGAAAAAUGUUAUUUUUACUGCCUGGAGAAAAUAAAUAUUCUCAUUGUUGUA